UGUAUUUCUGGUUCCGGUUCAGUCUCAGGUAUUUUGUUGUGUUUGUGGUCUGCCGCAGGAGAAUCGUCCGGUUCUCUUCUAGUCCUCCGGGUCUCUUUGUUGUUUUCCAGCCGCUCUCAUGUACCGAGCUCCGGUCAGACCUCAGCGGAGUCCCGGAGCCCCGCGGCCGGCUGGAAGGUUUCCAUCCCCGGCCUCCUGCUGGGGUUUCCCCGGGGCUCGCUUCCCAUAUGGAGGACACCGCGGAGGAUCCCCACGGGGCGGACCCGCUUUUUCUCCCGGUUCUCCGGUCUACUCCCCGGGUUCGCACCGCGGAUACAGGGACGGUUCUCCUGCUGGCUUCGGGAGCGGGUCCCGGGGGUUCGGGGACUCUCCUGCCGGCUUCGGGAGCGGGUCCCGGGGGUUCGGAGGGCAGAUGCGGCGUAGAGGGGGCGCUUUCCGGCGGCCCCAUUCCUUCAGUCCGUCCUCGGUUCAAAACUUCCAGUCUGGAUCUUCAGACUCUUCAGUGGAGAAAUAUUUCAGUCCGUCGAUGCUGCAGGAUCCCUGGGCGGCCAUGCAGCCCAUCGCAGCUGCAGACAGAGAAACAACCUGAUAGGAAACAACAACAACAACAACAGACUCAUCAGCAGUAAACAACCUUCUGAGCACGCUCAGUCACCAGCAGUCUCUGUUUCUCGGCAGCUUCAUGAUUGAAAGGAUUUCAGGGAUCAAACUCACUGACGUUUUUAACUAAAUGUUUUCUAACAGUUUUUAAUGGACACCAGAUUCUUCUUUGUGUGUUUUAUUCACUGGCUGUUUAAUUUUAGAAAAUAAAACAAUGAAAAGGCA